AUGCACAAGUGCCUAUCAAACCCAUUGACUCCAACAAACAAGCUUGAUAAGCGAGAUAGCAGACGGAGGCCGUCUUAUCCGAAGAUGGAGGGUACUACAUGGAAGGGUUCAGUUGAGAUGUCAGCGUCCGUGGCAUGUGUCGAAGAACGCGAAGAGCGACAGGAGGAGGCUGCGGCUGAAGCUGCUGAGGUGGCACAGAAGAAAACUACCGCUGAUGCUGCUCAAGAAUCUCAAGAAGAGAACAUCAUAGAAGUAAACCAGUCGAUAGAAUGCGUUGAGUUUGGAUCUACCCGCACCCGUCUCAAGAAGAUUGAAGGGUUUGAGUUCCUUACACAGAUUAAAACGCUCUGUCUCAGAUGGAACUUGCUGAAGACCAUCGAAGGAUUGCAUACUCUCACUACGCUGACUGAACUGGAUCUCUAUGAUAACCAGAUAGAGAAAAUAGAGAAUCUCUCAACACUGGUGAACCUCGAAACACUCGAUCUCUCUUUCAAUCGCCUUAGCAAAAUCGAAAAUCUGGAGAAACUCGUCAACCUGAAAACUCUUUAUCUCGUGCACAACAAAAUUACCAAAAUAGAAGGUCUUGACACGCUUGUGAACUUGGAGUAUCUGGAAUUGGGCGACAAUCGGAUUAAACGUAUCGAAAACCUCGAUGCGAAUGUGAACAUCGUCCGAUUGUUCCUUGGAGCGAAUCAGAUUCGAAGAAUAGAGAAUCUGGAUCAUUUGAAGAAGAUCGAGGUGUUGAGCUUGCCUGCGAAUGCCAUUACAGUAGUAGAGGGUGUUUCGAAGCUGUCUACUCUUCGUGAGAUCUACCUUGCCCAAAACGGAAUCCAGUCGACUUCUGGUUUAGAGAAUUUGCAGAAUUUGGAAAUCCUUGAUUUCAAUUACAAUCGUCUCCAUAAAGUUGAAGGCAUUCGUCAUUUCAAGAAGCUCCACUUGUACUUCUGGCAAGCACAACCAGCGCAGCGGCCGUCCCUUGAUGUGGUAGCCAUACGAAUGAAAUAUAGAAAGCUGGAAGACUGGCAGGUGUUCGAUGAACUGGUGGAACUGCCUCAUCUGAAUCUCGUAUACCUGGAAAACAAUCCGUUCUCUGAAGCACAAGACUACAGGGCCAAGGCGAUCAGACUGCUUCCGCAGAUCACGCGACUCGACUCGACUCAGUGUCGCGAUCCGGCUACACUCAAGGCUCCAGUGUUUGUAUGA